AUGUACAAUUUGACAUUUGUUGAUGUUGAAGAAAUACUUAUUAAUUCUACAUCCAUUUAUCAUCUUCUAUCAAGUUUUAUUAUCUCUGUAUUAUUUUCAAUUUUAAUUUUAUUUUGGUUAUAUUUUCGUUCUAAAUCAUUAACACCAUGUAUCAUUCCAUUUAUAUACGCAUUAUUAUUCUAUGAUCUUUUACAAUUAUCUUCUAUACUUGUUAUUAAAUAUAAUAUUUAUACAAAAUCUGAUUUUACUUAUGGUUUAAUAUGUCGUUUUGUCGACUAUGUCAAAUCAUCGGCAGAAUCUGGUAGUUUAAUGACAUUAAUUCUAUUAUUUAUUAUACGUCGAAAACAAAUUAGAUAUUACUAUUCUCAUUAUCAUCUUGAUUCAAGUACAAUUUAUUCAAAAAUAAUAGUAUUUUUUUGUCUACUAUUUAUUGUAUAUAUUCAUAACUGGUUAACUCAUCUAAAAGAAGAUAAUAUUUUCUUAGUAAAAUAUAUUGAAGAUAAUCAACAUUGGCAUCCAUACAUUUAUUUAAUUACCAAAUCAUCAAAUACUAUUGAUAUUAAAUUUGAUACAAGAGUACGUUUUUUAAAUGAUUUGUAUUUAUAUGCACAAGAAAAAUCUCAUAAUUAUAGUCACUUAAAUUCGAUAACAAUCUUACCAAAAAAUGAGAAUGAAAAUAUGAUUGUUUCAUCUGAUAAAGGUUCAAUGCAAAUAUUUAUUAAAUUUCCAAUUUCUAUAUUAAAAAGUAAAUAUUCUACAACAGAAACGUCUACAAUAGUACAGAUAAAAUCAAAAAUUCAAAACUAUAAUAAUUCAUUAAGUAAUAUUACUAAUGUGACAGAUAAUAUUCGUCUCUCUGUAUUAUUACCAUCAUCCUAUCGUGUAUUAAGAUGUACAUAUUAUCAACCUUAUUUAACAUUAAUAAUUAUUUCAACAUUUCUACAUUCAAUAUUUUAUUUUAUAUUAAUUAUAGUUACUCUUUGGAAAACAAACAAUUUAAUAUAUUUGACCAUACGAAAAAGUAACAAUAUAAAAUAUUUAUCAACAAAAUCAAUAUAUAAUGGAAUACAAACAAAAAAACAGUCAAAAACAUAUUUAAAAGAAAGAUUAAAUUCAAUAAUCUUAUCAAAACGAACAAUAAAAUCAAGAAAUCAACAUAGAAUAAUUCAACAUCUUUUACAAUUAAAAUAUUUAUUAUAUAUUCAUACAUUCUUCAUUUUACUUCGUUUAAUCUAUGUUUGUAUACUAAAUAUGACAUUGUUCUUCUCAUUAGUUCCAUUUUCAUAUAAUUAUCUAAAAUUUAUUUUUCAAUUAUUAUUCAUUUUAUCAUGUUAUUCGAUACCAUUGAGAAUUAUAUCAUUAGUUAUCUAUUUACUCUAUCAAACAUAUUCUCAUCAAUUGACAAUUAUUUAUUAUUAUUUAACACAAAAAAAAUUAAAAUUUUCUUGUCAAUGUGAAAAAGUAUGUUUAAAGAGAAUAGUUAAAAUUGAAUUAGCACCAUUUAUCAACAAUACAAAUAUACAUACAACAGAAAAAUCAGUAAUACGUGAAAUAACUGAAGAAGAAAAUUUAUCAUUUCAAAUAGACAAAAUUAACUAUAGAGUAACAGAGUUAAGGACAAACAUAGAAAGAGUAGAAAGAGUAUCAAAUGUAUGA